AUGGAUAAUCGAAAACAGAGGAUCUUGAAUACUAUUCGAAAUUCAGAAGAAUUACGUGGAAGAGCCAUUGAACAGCUGGAAAAAGCCCGGGCUCGCUUACGGAAAGUGGAAAUGGAAGCAGAGCAGUUUCGAGUGAAUGGAUACUCUGAGAUAGAGCGAGAAAAAUUGAAUUUGAUAAAUUCAACUUAUAAGACUUUGGAACAAUUAGAGAAUUACAAAAAUGAAACUAUUCAUUUUGAACAACAAAGGGCGAUUAAUGAAGUCCGACAACGGGUUUUCCAACAAGCCUUACAAGGAGCUCUAGGAACUCUGAAUAGUUGUUUGAACAACGAGUUACAUUUACGUACCAUCAGUGCCAAUAUUAGCAUGUUGGGGGCGAUGAAAGAAAUAACUGAUUAG